AAGUUACUUGGAUCGACAACAGAUACUUUUCUCGCCAGUAACCACCAGGACACCAUGACGACACGAUCGCUCGCAUCGUCCUCGACACGACGGCCAACUGUCGGUCUAAUCGUCGCGUUCCUCCUCGUCGUAGCUGCACAAAUAUGCAGCGGAGCGUAUUAUGGGAAACUGAUCGGUAAGCUGUCUGAACUUCAUCACGGCGUGAGCGGCGAGGUUUACGCGGUUGACGCAAGGACACUAUUCGUCAAGGACUUCACUUACGAUGGCGAAGGUCCAGCCGCGUUUUUUUACGCCGGAAACAGCAAGGGACCAGGUAACGGUGGCUUCCGGGUGCGUGACGAACGCGGAACUACAAACGUCCUUAAACGAUACCGCAAGAAGGACAUCACAUUGACCUUACCGGACGGCAAGACCUUGAACAAUAUCAAGUGGUUUUCGGUUUGGUGCGACGAAUUCUCGGUGAAUUUCGGUGACGUCAAAAUACCACGAGGCUUCGAUUUUCCGAAACCGCAGAAACUAAAGUCAUUGAGUGGCAUACACGGUGUCAAUUCCGAACCGGUUGUCAUUGUAGAUGCUCAGACUCUUCUGAUACCCAACUUCAGUUACGACGGAGAAGCACCUGAUGCCAAGUUUUGGGUAGGCACCGGUUCGACGCCGUCAUCGCAAGGUAUCCGAAUACCCGAUGAAAACGGCAAAGUGGAGCCGUUGCGUCGUUACGAUCGCAAGACGAUCGUCCUGACGUUACCAGGCGAACUGACCGUUCAUCAGUUCGGUCAUUUCGGAGUAUGGUGCGAGGCAUUCGCCGUUGACUUUGGCCACGUGAAAAUUCCGCAGAGUCUGAACGUACCGCCGUCCCUGAAAAUGCUAGGAGUUUCGCCACAGUCAAAACUUAACUGCGAAGUUCUCGACGACGGCUUGGCUUUCGAAGUGCGAUGGGCCGUAGCCGGGGACAGCAUAGUUGUCCAGCUCGUAGCGAAAUUAGAUGCCGAACAAUAUAUGGCCUUCGGAUUAUCCGCGGAUCCGGAAAAGAGCACGAUGAUCGGCGGAGACGUCGCCGUAGCGUGGGUCGACAAGCGGACCUUGCAAGGAUACGCCGUCGAUUACUUCCUGGACGCCAAAUCCCAGUGCUCGGGACGCCGAGGCAGUUGUCCGGAUGCGCGAAUCCUGGAAAACACGGAGUCGGUGCGAUUAUUGAACGCGGCGAUGGUGAAUGGCUACAGCAUCGUUACGUAUCAGAGACCGUUGAAGGCCAGCGAUGAAUUGGACCGUCCGAUAUUGACGAAUAGAUCCCAGGCCGUCAUCUGGGCCAUCGGACCAUUGAACGAGCGACAGGAGGUCAGUUUUCACAGCCGCUACCUGAAGACCGAUCGAUUCAUCGAGUUCAGCAGACCCCCUGUCUGGAACUGUCCUAUGCCUGAUCAGGAACAGACCUCGACUUACGGCGAAACAGAAAGCGACACUCACGCUCUUCAGCAGGUUGUCAGCGCUAGCCACAGACCGCCACGUUUGCCGGCGACUCCUGCACCGGCGCCUACGAAUGACGCUUGGGAGAUACCGCCUAUUCAAUGUCACGAGCCAGAUGAUGGUGUCUUUUAUGCGCAGUUGGGACCCACUGGAGGAAAACACGGCUAUCCAGCUAUUACUGGUCACGUCGGUUGGGGAAUCUGUUGGUACAUCAAUGGAUUGUUGAUACCCGAGAUUAAUGUGAUUCGUGGCAAGAGAUACACUUUCGUCGUGGAAGGUGGCUCAGAUUCGGAGGUACCGGCGCGUUAUCACCCGUUCUACAUCACGGAUGAUCCGAUAGGCGGUUACCAGCACAAAACGGCCGAGGAGAAAGCGAAAGUAAAGAUAUUUGCCGGUGUGCGACGACAACGUGGUAAGGUCAUCCCCACCGGCACAGGUCGUCUCUGCAAUUGGGUGCACGACCAGAAUCAACCAGAGGCGGAUGACUUUGUGUCUUUUGGAGCUUAUCAGCGCACUCUGACCCUUGAAUGCGACCAUGGUGAGCCGGGUAUCGUGGAAUGGACGCCUGACGAAAAUACACCCGACACGGUGUAUUAUCAGUGUUUCACGCAUCGUUACUUAGGUUGGAAAAUCAAUGUUCUUGACAGCUGCGACGUCACCAACGAGCCAUCGUCGUCAGCCAGUGAGAAGCACGAGGUGUACGUGGAGCCGGCCAAGGGUCGUCAGGAUGAGCCGGCGGAUCAGGAUCUAGAAUACGGCGCUAGCAUAGCCGUAGCAAGCAAGGUAACACCACCAGAGGAGUUUCUUCAUCAACAGCAUGUUCAUCAUUCUCACCGCGAUUACGGUCAUCGUUAUCCCCAUCAUACGACGACUAACAGCAAGUUAAGUGCCUCACAUUACCCGCAGCUACUAACGAAUGCCAAUAACAAUUACGAUCGCUUACAAUCAUCAUCAUCAUCAUCAUCAUCAUCACCGUCCGAAGCACGUCUGAAGGACGCGUAUCGCGACGAGGAAGCUUCGCAGCGAGAGCAACAUCGGCCGGUCACGAAAACUAACGAGAAGUCGUCGUCCCUUCGUGCCGGUCAUCUCACGGAGCUUGGACGGGAGCAGAUUCAGCAGCAGACUUCCACUAACCAGCAAUUGUCUAACCUCGUUGCAGAUCACCAACGACCAACUUCAUUGAAUCACGGGACAAAGUUGUCUUACGUAGGGGUGGCCAGCAACAACCACGGCCAGUUACAAUACUCCCGAGCACCGCAUUAUUACGCGAACAAUAAUCAUCACUACGUUCGCCAUCAGCUUUCUCCGCCUCUUCCUCGUUAUCAUCAUCAACACGAACCUCCGAGGACCCAACUGAUGAUCAUACGCCGACCGGUGAGUCCGGUGACACUAACGCGCCGUCCGAUGUUGCAGACUUUACAAACAGCUAAUAUGAUACCCACAACGAACGCCCUGUCAUUGCCGUUCCCGUUGUCAUUAUCACUGCCAUCACUGCCAUCACUGCCAUCCUUAUCUUUGUCGUCGCCACCGCGGUCGAUCUUCAUCGAGCGCAAAAAGUCUGUUUAUCGACCGCCUGCUAUCUCGACAACAACGACGACGACGACGACGACGACGAUGUCGUCGAAAACGGCGAUCGACAAAGAGGCUAAUCAGCUGGUCGAGAAACCCACAAAAAAAAUCGAUACGAAGCAACGCGCGAAGCUCGAGGCGAAGAUAGGCUCAUCGGACAUCACCGCAGAAAUCUCCAACAAUCUUAUGGAUCCACCCUCGUGGAAGCUUCUGAAACCCGCACGCAACACCGGCUUUGAUCCUGACUCCAUCGUCAUCGAGGGUGGCUUCAAGCCAAUUAUCAGAAACGUCGUAGACACCGCGCCUGAUGUCGCACAGAAGAAGACGGACGCAAAUAAAAGUACGUGGCACGAAGACGACGAGCAAGUCUACGGGAAGCGUCCAGAUUAUCGGACAAUCGACAAGUUCUCACCUGUCUUUAUGCCAUCGUAUCCCGUUGCGACGACAUCCACCUUCGAUGGCAGGAAGCGAAAGAAGAAGACAUCUCCGGCGCGUUACUCAACAAGGUUCGACGACCUCGACGACAUGGAGAUGGCAGCCGAUCUCAGACUGGAUACUUACUACCUUCCGCCGUUCGCGAGGACGCGACCCGAGCAGCUACCAUCGCCUUCCUCCUCCGGCGUGCUGAUCACUUAUGACGGUAAGAAACUCAAGGAUUCCACCGGCCUGGCCAGGUCUAUCUCCAACAUCGAGCAUCGCGACGGCAAGGGCAGACUGACCUCGGACUUGCUCAGCAGAACGCCACAGUUUGGUAAGUUUCAAGGCGAGCUUCCUCCGCUGAUUCCCGGCGAGAUGCGCAUCAACGGCUCGUCGUACGAGAAGAAGUAUCGUUUACCGGACGCGGAUCUGCCGCUUCGCCCCGAGCUCCUGCCCAAGACAAGGCUGACUCUGGUGGAGAGAACGAAGAGAUCCACGCCGGAGGGAAGUCGAACGAUGUCCAGCGCGGACUUUCAACGAGACGACUCGUACAGCGACAAUCAGGGUCGCCGGGAACGCGAACAGGUCGAGGCAGCCAGCGGAGGAGCGACGCUUUUCAGUAAUCUCGGAUCUAUCGUACUGAUGACGAUCGUGGCGUAUUGCGCGAUCUGAACUCGUUGAAGGCGUCCUCGUGUUCUCCGAUUAAGAUAUAUGCAUAUCAUCAGUAGGAUCCUCGCAGGAUCGUCCGAGUGCGUCUUUCGCGCGUGAGAAUAUAGGACUCGCGUUCAGAAAUAAUAGACGAUAUACUCCAACUUGCGUUAACCCUGGGGAAGGCCUUUACUAACAUUAUGAGAAAACCCACUGGUUUCCUAUACAAGUAGUACAAUCCGCCUGUCGAGCUCUUGCGUCUCGCUCUUCUGGUAUCGCUCUCUCGAUCGCAUUCUCUUCGCAUACCCAAGUAGCAAACUGACGUCAUUAGACGUCACUUGACAUCCCAAGUAGC